AUGCCCUCUUCUGAAAAUUUAUAUAUUUGGUAUGGAGUCAUCUUUGUUCAUCAAGGCUAUUAUAAAUCAGGCAUAUUUAAAUUCAGAGUUGCACUUCCGGAAAGUUAUCCAGAAUAUUCACCUUCAGUUACGUUUAUGAGUGAUAUGUUUCAUCCAUUGAUUGAUGGAGGUGGCAAUUUAUCUCUUUCUCAACAAUUCCCCACUUGGAGACCUAAUGAAGACUAUAUAUUUCACGUAUUGCAUUAUAUUAAAAACAUAUUCAAGAAAACUAUUCUUGACAGACUAGUCAGUAAGCAUUGUUUCAACAAAGAAGCCUACAGAAUGUAUAGAACAGAUCAUUCGACAUUCAUCAAGUUAUCAGAACAAUGUGCUAAUUUGUCUAUAACUGAAUCUUAUUUGUUUGACCAUUUUCCAGAUGAUAAUAUGAUUCGUUUCUCACCAAUAAGUGAUUCAAUGUUUGGUAAGUUAAAUAAGGAAAAAAGUCAUUUAUAA